UGGAGUGACAUACAUCCCGGAAAUAUCCCAUCAACCCCAUCGAAAACAAAACGCGUUUUAGGCUGCCAUGUUUGUUCAACGCUGCGGACUGUUGUAAAAAUAAAUUCGCGCUUUUCUGGUCAAAAUUCAAAGGAUUACAACACAUUUCUCUGCAAAGAAGUUGACGUAAGUAAAAGUAAACAUGUCGGACUUCAUAGAGAGUGAGGCUGAAGAGUCUGAGGAAGAGUUUGAGGAGAAAGACUUGAAACCCAGAAAGACUCAGAAAUUCACAGAGGAUGAUGAGGAGGAAGAAGAAGAGAAUCCAGAGGAUCAGGAUGAGCGUGGAAACUUGCGCGGUCUCAUCAACGACGACGAUGAGGAUGAUGAAGAGGAACCUGCAGGUAGUAGAGUAGGCAGUGGUAGCGAUUCAGGUGAAGAGGUCCGUCAUCGCCGUAGGAAACGUAGCUAUGAUGAUCUCUUGGAUGAAGAUGACCUCGAUCUCAUUGAAGAGAACUUGGGUGUCAAAGUUAAAAGACGAAAAAAAAGAUUUGAACGUCUGCGAAACAUGGACGAUGACGAAGAGGAUGAUGAGAAGGAUAUGAUAGCUGAUGAAAUCUUCACUGGUGAUGGAGAGGUAGAUGGGGAGGUUGAAGACGGAGAGACAUUGGAUGUGCAUUUGGCCCAUGCGGGUGAGGAGGAGGAGGAGGAAGAUGAAGAAUCUGACAUUGAUGACUUCAUUGUGGAUGAUGAUGGCCAGCCACUGAGGAAGAAAAAAGGCAAGAAAUUCUCUGGCUAUACAGAUGCAGCCCUUCAGGAAGCCCAGGAGAUCUUUGGUGGCGAUUUUGACUACUCUGACUUUGACGCUGAGCCCUUUGACCAGGGAGAGGAGGAGGAGGAGGAUCAAGAAGAUGAGUCUUGGGACAGGCCCAAAAAGCAGGUGAAGAGGAAAACGGGUCGCCGCAGCAUCUUUGACGUCUACGAGCCCAGUGAGUUGGAGAAGAGCCACAUGACUGACCAGGACAAUGAAAUCCGAAGCACAGACAUGCCAGAGAGAUUCCAGCUGCGUGUCAUACCAGUGAAGCCAGCUGAGGAUGAUGAGCUGGAGGAGGAGGCAGAGUGGAUCUUCAGAAAUGCCUUUUCCAACUCCACCAUCUCAAUGCAGGACAGCACAGACUAUCUAAACCCUGGCUCAAACACCACUUUCAGUUACAAACAGCCCCAGACCGUCAGCAAGAUCAAAGAGGCUCUUAACUUCAUGAGGAACCAGCACUUUGAGGUACCUUUUAUUGCAUUCUACAGAAAAGAGUAUGUUGAGCCAGAGCUAAAUAUUAAUGCAUUGUGGAAAGUCUGGCACUGGGAUGCAAAGUGGACUCACCUGAGAACACGUAAGGAUAACCUAACCCGCCUCUUCAAUAAGAUGCAGUCAUAUCAGUUUGAGCAAAUUUCUGCUGAUCCUGAUAAGCCACUGGCAGAUGCUGUCCGGCCACUGGACACUGCAGACCUGACCAGACUGAAAGACGUUCAGUCCUUUGAUGAACUCCGAGAUGUUUACCAACACUUCCAACUGUAUUAUGGGCAGGACAUCCCUAAGAUGCAGAAUGCAGCCAAAACUGUUAAGAAAAAAAUAAAAAAGAUUAAGAAAAUCUCUGCAGAUGAGGAUGGUGAGGAGGAGGAAGAGGAGGUGGAGGAGGAGGAGGAGGAGGAGCAGCCGCAGCACAAGGGCCCUGUGCUAAAGAUGGCCACCCGCCGAGACAUGUACAGUAUCUGUCAAAAAGUAGGUCUUGAUGGCCUUGCCAAGAAGUUUGGUUUGACACCUGAGCAGUUUGGUGAGAACUUGCGCGACAGCUACCAGCGGCACGAAACAGAACAGUUUCCAGCUGAGCCCCUUGAGUUAGCGAAAGACUACAUCUGCAGCCAGUUCAGCACUCCUGAGGCAGUGCUGGAAGCCGCACGCUACAUGGUGGCCCUGCAGAUCGCCCGUGAACCUUUGGUCAGGCAUGUGAUCAGGCAGACUUUCCAGGAGAGGGCAAAGGUCAAUAUCAAGCCUAGCAAAAAGGGCAAAAAGGACAUAGAUGAGGCACACUAUGCCUACGCUUUCAAGUUCCUAAAAAACAAGCCAGUGAAAGAGCUGACUGGAGAGCAGUUCCUAAAAAUGGGCCAAGCUGAGGAGGAGGGCCUGCUUACAAUGGACAUGAACAUCGACUUAAUGGGCGUCAGUGGCUACGGUGGCGAUGCAACCUACUUCGAGGAGAUCAAGCAGUUCUACUACAGAGAUGAGUUCAGCCACCAGGUGCAGGAGUGGAAUAAGCAGCGAGCCAUGGCCAUCGAACAGGCUCUGAAGCAGUUCCUGUACCCGCAGAUGACCAAAGAGUUGAGGUUCAAGCUCGUCGAAGAGGCAAAGGACCACAUUGUCAGGUCAUGCUGCAAGAAGCUCUGCAACUGGCUGAAAGUGGCGCCCUAUCGGCCUGAGCAGCAGAUGGAGGAGGAUGAUGACCUGAUGGACGAGACGCAGAGCAAGGGCAUCCGUGUGAUGGGGGUGGCCUACACAGACGGCAGGGACACGCCAGUGUUUUGCUGUCUAAUCAACGGAGAAGGAGAAGUCAUCGACUUCCUGCGCCUCCCCCACUUCCUGAAAAGGAGGAACGCGUGGAAUGAGGAGGAAAGAGAGAAAAAGCUGAAUGACAUCGAGAGCCUCAAGAAGUUUCUCCUCAGCAAGAAGCCUCAUGUUGUGGCUGUCUGUGCGGAAAACCGUGAUUCCCAAAUGGUGAUGGAAGACAUCAAGCGCACGCUGACUGAACUAGAACAGGAUUCCUCUCUGCCUGCCGUAGGGGUGGAGCUAGUCAACAAUGAUCUGGCAACGCUUUACAUGAACAGCUUAAAAUCAGAGGCAGACUUCCGUGACUACCCGCCACUUUUGCGACAGGCCGUAUCCGUGGCCAGGCAGAUUCAGGACCCCCUGGUGGAGUUCGCCCAGAUUUGCAGUAGUGAUGAGGACAUCCUCUGUCUCAAGCUCCACCCCCUUCAGGAGCAGGUCGACAAGGACGAGCUCCUAACUGCUCUCUACCGUGAGUUUAUCAACAGAGUGAAUGAGGUGGGGGUGGAUGUCAACCGCGCCAUUGCUCACCCAUACACGCAAAGCCUGGUGCAGUACAUCUGUGGCCUGGGCCCAAGAAAAGGCUCCCACCUGCUCAAGAUCCUGAAGCAGAACAACACGCGUCUGGAAAACCGCACCCAGCUGGUCACCAUGUGCCACAUGGGCCCCAAAGUCUUCAUCAACUGCGCCGGCUUCAUCAAGAUCGACACCGCCUCGCUGGGCGACAGCACAGACUCCUACAUCGAGGUGCUGGAUGGCUCGCGCGUUCACCCCGAGACCUAUGAGUGGGCGCGCAAGAUGGCGGUGGACGCCCUGGAGUAUGAUGAGUCGGCAGAGGACGCCAACCCGGCUGGGGCGCUGGAGGAGAUCCUGGACAACCCGGAGAGGCUGAAAGACCUGGACCUGGACGCCUUUGCAGAGGAGUUGGAACGACAAGGCUACGGCAACAAGGGCAUCACCCUCUACGACAUCCGCGCCGAGCUCAGUUGCAGGUACAAGGACCUGAGAGCGCAGUACAGGUCGCCCAACUCCGAGCAGGUGUUCAACAUGCUGACCAAAGAGACGCCGGAGAGCUUCUACAUAGGCAAGCUGAUCACUUGCGUGGUCACAGGCAUCGCUCACCGGCGCCCGCAGGGUGAGAGUUACGACCAGGCCAUCCGCAACGACGAGACGGGGCUGUGGCAGUGCCCGUUCUGUCGCCAGGACAACUUCCCCGAGCUCAGUGAGGUGUGGAAUCACUUCGACAGCGGCUCCUGCCCCGGCCAGGCCAUCGGCGUGCGUAAUCGUCUGGACAACGGCGUCAUGGGGUUCAUCCCUACUAAGUUCCUAAGUGACAAGGUCGUCAAGCACCCGGAGGAGAGGGUCAAGGUCGGCAUGACCGUGCACUGCCGGAUCAUGAAGAUUGACAUUGAGAAGUUCAGCGUCGACCUCACCUGCCGAACGUCUGACCUGAUGGACAAGAACAACGAGUGGAAACUGCACAAGGACGUCUACUAUGACUUUGACGCUGAGUCAGAUGAGGUGAAGCGGGAUGAGGAGCUGAAGAAGAAGAACCAGAGGACCACCUACAUCAGGCGAGUGAUCGCUCACCCGUCCUUCCACAACAUCAACUUCAAACAGGCCGAGAAGAUGAUGGAGACCAUGGACCAGGGCGACAUGGUGUUCCGGCCAAGCAGCAAAGGCGAGAGCCACCUCACGCUCACGUGGAAGGUGGGAGACGGGAUCUUCCAGCACGUGGACGUGCGCGAAGAGGGCAAAGAGAACGCUUUCAGCCUGGGGCAUAAACUGUGGAUUAACAACGAGGAGUAUGAAGAUUUAGAUGAGAUCACAGCCAGGUUUGUGCAGCCCUUGGCGGCGUUUGCGCGCGAGCUCCUUUACCACAAGUACUUUCAGGAGACUGAGGGAGGCAACAGGAAGAAGAUGGAGGAGCUGCUGGUCAAGUCAAAGAGGGAGAAGCCCACUUUCAUCCCCUACUACAUCUCAGCCUGCAGAGACCUGCCUGGGAAGUUCCUGCUCGGCUACCAGCCCAGGGGGAAGCCGAGGAUUGAGUACGUCUCCAUCACCCCGGACGGCUUCCGCUACCGCUCGCGAGUGUUCCCCACCGUCAACGGGCUGUUCCGCUGGUUCAAGGACCACUACCACGAGCCCGUGCCCGGUGUGACCCCCAGCAGUGGCAGCCGAACGCAGACACCCGCCUCGGUCAACGCCACCCCCGCCAACAUCAACAUCGCCGACCUGACGCGAGCGGUGAGUGCCCUCCCGCCAAACAUGACCUCCCAGAUGUUCAACGCCAUCGCGGCUGUGAAGGCCCAGGGUCAGAACCCCAACACUACCCCGGCCCAGUGGGGCUCCAGCCAGUAUGCCUACAGUGGCGGAGGCAGCAGCUCGGGCGGUGGCGGGGGCAGCAGCAGCGCCUACCACGUCUUUGCCACGCCGCAGCAGCCCAUAACAACCCCCAACUACCCGAUGACGUCGCCCAGCUACAUGGGGGGCUUCAUCACCCCGGAGAUCCAGUCGGUGCCCACGCCGAGGUACCCAGGCACCACGCCACAGUCUUCCUACGGCGACCAUUCCUCGUCCAAGUCGUCCUCGUCCCACAGCAGGUCGGCGCAGCAGCAGCAGCAACAGCAGCAGCAGCAGCAGCAGGCGGCGGCCAAGCAGAGCAACACGGCGGUGGACUGGGCCAAGAUGGCCGAGCAGUGGCGGCAGGAGAAGGAGGCCGAGCAACGCAAGCAGAAGACGCCGCGCAUGACGCCGCGCCCUUCACCCAGUCCCAUGAUCGAAAGCACUCCCAUGUCCAUCGCCGGCGACGCAACGCCCCUGCUGGACGAAACAGACCAGUAGAGGCCGAGGUGAGAGUCACAGCAACAGCAACAGCAACACCAACGCCAUCCAUCCCCUCACUGCUCUUUCUGUCCCUUUGGUCUGCAGUGGCUUUCUCUCCCUUUAAUGCUCCCAUCCCAUCUCUGUGUUGAAAAAGGACUUAACGGGAUUAAAGCAUAACAAUAGUAUUUUUACAAAUGUUUUCAGUCAUAUGUAUGUCAUCAUACUACUAAAGCCUAUGUGUGGGCUUGUCCAGCUUUGUGAAUGGAGUUUAAUUAGUUAUACAUUUCUGAUUUCGUUUAUUUUUUCUUUUUCUUUUUGUUCAUUUUUUUGUGUGGAAGGACCGUGUCCCAGACAAACUACAGACAUCCAUGAUGCAAUGACUUGAAGAGUAAAUACCAGUUACAUUGAUUUUGUUGUAAGGUUAAACCGGAGAUAUUUUGAACACUGUGAACAGACAGCAUUUUAAUCCAACAGCAGGCAUGCCUAAGUGAAGUACAACACAUAUGCUGAUGAUGUUAGUGAUGACAGCAGUGUUAUAAUAAUUAUGGCAUCAGAACAGUUUCAGGUAUCCUCUGUGUCUAUUCUGAUAGGUAGCCAUUUUGUGAUGCAGCUGUGUUUUCUUUUUUAUUUGUAUUAUUCUUCUUCUUAAUUCAUUUCAGGACUCAUGGAAUUUUAAAUUCAGUUACUCUUCUGUAACUUAGAAAUUGAAUUUGUCCUACAAUAAAUCAAGUUGACAUACAGCA